CUACGAAGCUGAGUUAUCCCUACGCCAGCUAGUGGAAGCCGAUGCCAAUGGCCUGAAGCAGAUCUUAGAUGUGCUGACUCUGAGCAAGGCUGACCUGGAAGCACGAGUCCAGUCUCUGACAGAGGAACUUCUGACCCUCAAAACCAACCAUGAAGAGGAAAUCAAUUCCUUACAGUGCCAACUUGGGGACAGAAUCAACAUUGAAGUAACAGCUGCCCCUUCCAUUGAUCUAAAUCAAAUUCUACAAGAAAUGAGAUGCCGAUACGAGUCCAUUGUGGAGACAAAUCGUAAAGACGUGGAACUAUGGUUCAAUACACAGAUGGAGGAACUGAAUCAGCAAGUAGUGACCAGCUCUCAACAACAACAUUGCUGCCAAAAGGACAUAAUUGAACUGAGACGUACCAGGAAUGCCCUCGAGGUUGAACUGCAGGCCCAACACCGAAUGAGAGAUUCCCAGGAAUGCAUUCUGACAGAGACAGAGGCCCGCUACACAACCCUGCUAGCUCAGAUCCAGGGUCUGAUCCAUAACCUGGAGGCUCAGGUGGCAGACAUCCGGGGUGCACUGGAAAGACAGAACCAGGAAUAUGAAGUUCUGCUAGACACCAAAUCCCGGCUGGAGUGUGAGAUCACCACCUACCGCAGCCUUCUGGAGAGUUUGGAUGGCAG